GAAGAAGAUAGGGAAUCCAUCAGAAGUUAGAUUCCUCAUCCUUCAAUUCAUCUGCAGUUUAGGUCUUUUGGGUCAACAUGGAGAAGAAUACCGGCAGCAGGAAAGGUCGUCAGUGCCCACCGGCGCCGGGACUUUUACCAUGGCUUGUAUACCCUCAAGGAAAAUCUUUAAAAAAUCAGAUUUUCUGCUCUGUAUCAGAGCCCAAGCGGAUGUUGUUUCAGAGCAUCCAUCGCAGAGCUGAGCAUAAUAAGCAUAACAUGGUUAUUAAGAGCAUUCCUGAGUUGCGACACCGCAUUAUCUUAGGUUCCUGCUAUGGGUGGCUUCUUGUAUUGCUUGACUGGGACUUCUCUCUCUUUGAUCCUUCGACGCUAUCCACCAUCAAAUUCCCCAGUUUAAAUUCUAUUGAAGAUCCUAUCUGCCUUGGCAUUUGCACGUUGUCAUCCCCUCCAAGCAAUCCUAGUUGUACGGUAUUUCUUUUUGAUGAUAAGGUCCCUCGCAUUAUAUUUUGUCAACUCAAUGACCAGCAAUGGACAGUGCAAAACUACAGGAAACAACUUCAAAACAUUCUCGGAAAUGAAUUACGUUGGAAUAUGAGGUUUGUUGCUGCUGUUGCUUUUGAUUCUAAAUUAUAUGCCUCGACUUCUACAAGACGUAUGAUGAUAGUUAUUGAGGUCAAUGAUUCACAUCACCUUAAGAUCACAUCCCUCGGAAUCAGGCGUCCAAAGUGGCCAAAAAAUUUGAUCUGUGGAUGGGACUUUCUGUUGGAAUCAGGUGGUGAAAUCCUUGUGGCUCAACAGCUCUAUGGAGAGAGGAACGUCAAUGAAGCCAACACCAUAAAGGUUCAUAGAUUGGAUUUUUCUCGGAUGACCUGGGUAGAGGUGAAAAGCUUGGACGACAGAAUUUUGUUUUUGGGUCGUAAUUGUUCGGUUUCAUGUCCUGCAACAGAGACAGAAACCCAAGGGAAUCACAUAUUCUUUACUGAGCCGGAAGAAAAAAGCUUGUAUUCAUACAACAUUGAAGAAGCAAGCAUUUCAGCUUAUAUGUCUUGGCGAGAUAAACCCACACCGUGGCAUAGGCCCAUUUGGGUCAUGCCUAAUCGCAGGUUAACUGGCAUGCAAGCAGAGGCCAAACAGAGUGAUAACACUAUGAAAGAAGAAUUUCCUUGUAAGGAGGAUAAGGAAGGCAACGAUGGUGUCGAGGAUGUGGAUCAGACAAAUGCAAAUACAGUAAAUUGGAGUGAUCUCUGUUUUGAUAUUUUUUCUGUGGUUGCAAAGCAUCUUAAUCUGUUUGAUUACAUGAACUUUCGAGCUGCCUGUAGAGAUUUUCGAUUAGCUGCUCCUCCGACAAACUGGAAGACUGCAUCUCCCAUGUUAAAGAAUCAUAUUCUAUCCCCAUGGUUUAUGUACUUAAAGAAAGAUGAUGGAGUUUGCUAUCUUGGUGACCCGGCUCAUGGCAAUACAUUUAAAAGAAAGAACGUGCCAGAAAAGUUGUCAGGUGCUGAAAUUAAUUGUUCCUGGGAUGGUCGGUUGCUAAUGUCUAAAGAUAUGGAGUCCAUAUUCUUCUUUAAUCCUUUUACAGGGGAGCAGGGUGAAUAUCCAAGACACGAAAUGUUUUCUGUACUUGGAAUCGGCUUUUCAACUUCGCCAACUUCUUCAGACUGCACGACUCUUGUAAUUUGCAGUGCGCAUGGCGAUACAGGUUUUUCCUUUAUUCAUUCAAGGGAGAUGACGUGGAGAUACGUUUACCAAAUUAAUUUUCUUGAUUUCACAGCAAUCAGCAACCCAGUUUUUCUAGAUACAGCUUUUUACGUACUGGGUUCAAAUGGGAAUCUAGGAGUCAUCAAAUUAAACAUGGGGGAAGGCCAUUGUGAUGUUCUUGCAAAACCCGAAAGGCCCUGCAAUUCCUUUUACGAUGGCUACUUGGCAGAAUGUGAUGGAGAGCUCUUAUCAGUUUUUGUGGGUCAUUUGGGAAAAUGGGUUGAAGUCUUCAGGUUAAAUCGCACUGCCAUGGUAUGGGUCAAGAUUGAGAGUUUGGGAAACCAUAUGCUUUUUGUUAGUGAUUCGUCCUCUAUAUCGGCAGUCGCUAAAAUCCCAGAAAUGGAGAACAAAAUUUACUUUCCCAGAUUUUAUGGGGAGACUCAAAACAUUAUUUUCUACUCUCUGGAAACACAAAGAUAUCACUCUUUUGGCUAUGAGUUGCUCUUAUAUGGGGUUUUGGGAACCCUUCUGCCCCCCUUACCCGUCUUUUUUUUUGGUCCACCUGGCAUUUUGCACAAGUACGAAACUGAGAGGGUGAAGAAAGAAGGCGACGUUGAGAAUCGGUUGCUGAAGAAGAGGGUUGAUGAGCUUAUGGGCGAUCUUGAAAGUGAGAGGAAUGUGUUGAGAAGUGUGAGUUUAGAGAAGGAUUCUGCGAAGCAUUUUCUUGAUGUGCAUAUUGAAGAAGCAAAUGGUUUGAGAUUGAAGCUGCUUGAAAGGCAGAAGAGUGAGGCAAAGAUUCUCCAGGAGCUUCUUGACCUCAAAAGGAAAUUUGAAAGACUGACCAAGGAAAAAGAAGGUAAGGAGAGGAGUAUUGAAUCAUUAGGCAGCGAUAAGAGUUCAGUUGAGAAGAGCUUGGCCGAGUCACUGCAGGUGAUUGAGGGUUUGAAGGUUGGAGUGGCGCUCGAGAAAGAUAAUGCUCUGAAGAGUUUUGAUGAAGAGAAAAGGAAUGGGAUGGUUCCGAAUUCCCAAGUUUUAAGCAUAUUGAAGAAAAGAAAGACGGACACGGCACAUCCUUUCUCGGUUCUUGGAAUCUCUUUUCCAUGUGGCCUAACUUGCCACAUUUGUAGUAGACAGCCCAAAAUGAUGGACAUUCGCCAUUGUGCCAUUUACGGCACUUGGCGCACGGUGCGGAGGAUAGAUCCCCCUGAGAGCUCGGCCGCUCAGUGUUCUUCCGAUAAAUCUGAAAAGAACAAUUCUUCUAUCAAUGAUGGCACUAACAAAAAGAGACAACGUAGAAAGACAUCAGCUGCUUGGGAUGAAUUCUAUUUGUUACCUGUAGAUGUUGAUGGAAAAUAG